AUGGAGGCGAUCGUCUACGGGAAGAAGUUCAAGAAAGAUCAAUUCCCUAAGAUUAUAACCUGCCCACACGAAAUGGUGGCUUUAUUGAUAGCCGAUAGAUUUACUCGACUAACCGGCAAGCCCCAAGCGGUCAUCGUGCAUGUUAAUGUUGGAACUCAAGCUCUGGGCUGUGUAGUUCACAAUACCUCUGCCGCCUACUGUCCGUAUAUGCAUUGGUUACAGGAUGCCAAAAAGCAACGCCAGAUUAUCCGCACAAGAAAGAAUAUCAAGCAGAUGAUAAGUCGGGCGAUGCAACCGGUAUAUCUGACGGCAGGGCGAGAAAAAGCCAUUUCACCCACCGCGCUGCUAGAGAACGGAGUGGAAAUGAUUGCCACUCUUCUGGUUCACGCUCAGCGUCCUUUAAUUAUUGUUGGACACUCGGGCAGAGAUCAUCAGGCAUUGCCUGCGCUGGUUGACCUCGUUGAUAUGAUGCCGGGGUUGCGCGUCUUAGACUGUCUGGGGAGUGAUGUAAGCUUCUCCUUCACCCAUCCGGCAUUCUUGGGGUUGGGAAUCGGAGCCCACAAAGCUAUUCCGACGGCCGACUUUAUUCUAGUCGUUCACGCAGCGGUCCCCUGGAUUCCUUACAUCAACGCUUCAAAGACCUACCGGACAGAUACAACUACCGCCUUCCGCCAACUGCAGUCGUACAUCGCGAGCAACAAGGGCUUUACCCCUAUUCUCGCAUCAGCCGAGUAUCUCAACCGUGGUGCAGCUACUAAGAACGCGUACCAUAAGCGGCUGGCCGCCCUCGCACUCGCAGCUACAGACCUUAAGAAUCUGCUAGCUCUAAUUAACAGCUACUAUCUCGGCCGCUGUCUGCAUACCCCGGGCCAUCUGGUCAACUGCAGCGCUGGCGGACUCGGCUGGUCGGGGGGCGCUACUCUAGGCGUUAAACUGGCGUCCGAUUACUUAAUAGAUGGGAAUAGCAAAGGUAAGUUUAUAUGCGAAAUUGUAGGGAAUAGAACGUAUAUAUUUGAUGCUCCGGAGACAGUCUACUGGAUUGCUCGACAGUACUAUCUGGCGACUCUCACCAUAGUUCUCAGUAACAACAAAUGGAACGUUUCUCGCAACUCACUAGAGCUGGUAUAUCCCGCCGGGUUAGAAUUACAGGUAAACAAUCUAAAUCUCAAUAUCUCGUUCAGUCCCACCCCGGAUUAUGCCGGCAUCGCCAAAGCCGCAGCAGGCCACCAUGCUUGGGCCGGGGUUGCGGGCAAUACAGAGCAGUUCGAACAGCUCUUGCCCCAGGCAGUAGAAAGCAUGAAGAAGGGCGUUCUAACAGUAUUAAAGAUCCGGUUAAGCAAGUCCUGGCAGGCUGCCGAGCUGGUUUCGCAGCUGUAG